AUGAAAAUUAAGAUCAUAUCAAUUGCUUUAUUAAUAUAUUAUGCAAAAUGUGAAGAGAAGUUACAUCUCGUUUGGAGCGAAGAAUUCAAUGAUAAAGAAUUGGAUCCAAACGUGUGGGAAGUGGAGGACGAGUGGCAAAGUGGCAAUUGUUUUGGCAAUCAUAUCGGACAACUGAAUUGCAAUGUAAACCAAAGUAGAAAUUUGCAACUAAUAGACGGCUGUCUCGCCAUAACAGCCGCUCACGAAAAGGAGAAUGUUUUAGAGAAAGAGUACACUUCGGCUAAAAUUAAAACCAAAAAGGGCUGGACUUAUGGCCGCUUCGAGAUUAGAGCCGCUCUACCGAAGGGCAAAAUGUUAAGACCAGUGAUGGUUAUGGAGUCACUCUCUCCCGGCCAGUGGGCUAUUGCCGGUCAGAUCGAUAUCAUGACAAAUAUUCAGACACAAGGCCUGGGAAAUGGUGUUCACUUCAGUACAUCGCCCGCCAUAUAUAAACCCGUCGCCUAUGAAUACAUCGCUAAAACACGUCUCAAUCAGUUUCACACAUACGCUCCAUUUGUGGGAAAGCCGUUCAAAAUAGCCAUCAACUUAGGCGUCGGCGGGAACUUCUUUCCCAAUCAAGUGCUCAAUAUUAAUGACUUUUACGACUGGGAGUGCUCUGCGCUUAUUGUCGAUUACGUUAGAGUCUAUCAAAUGAAGAGAUUAAUGCAAACCAAUAGACAAACCGAUUCUGUUAUAUAUGAAGAGAAUUACGCCGAUGUUUUGUACGACAAUAAUUAUAAGGAUAACGAGUACUCAAAUCCGGCAGAGAAUUACUAUUCAAGGGCUGAUUAUGCGCCCCAUUUGGGUGAUGCCAACGAUCCGGAUCCUCAUUAUCUAAUGUUAACCGAUAAAUACGCUCAACAAAACCUGUCCAACGCUUCAAUCAAUUCUUCAAAAAAUUUGCAACUAAUAGACGGCUGUCUCGCCAUAACAGCCGCUCACGAAAAGGAGAAUGUUUUAGAGAAAGAGUACACUUCGGCUAAAAUUAAAACCAAAAAGGGCUGGACUUAUGGCCGCUUCGAGAUUAGAGCCGCUCUACCGAAGGGCAAAAUGUUAAGACCAGUGAUGGUUAUGGAGUCACUCUCUCCCGGCCAGUGGGCUAUUGCCGGUCAGAUUGAUAUCAUGACAAAUAUUCAGACACAAGGCCUGGGAAAUGGUGUUCACUUCAGUACAUCGCCCGCCAUAUAUAAACCCACCGCUUAUGAAUACAUCGCUAAAACACGUCUCAAUCAGUUUCACACAUACGCUGUUGAGUGGCAUAAAUCGCAUAUCAAAUGGUUUUUUGAUGACAUAAAUCAUUUAACUUUUAAUUUAAGUGAAAAACUAUCGUCACAUUACACCCGAAACGGUGAGCCAUUUGUGGGAAAGCCGUUUAAAAUAGCCAUAAACUUAGGCGUCGGCGGAAACUUCUUUCCCAAUCAAGUGCUCAGUAUUAAUGACUUUCACGACUGGGAGUGCUCUGCGCUUAUUGUCGAUUACGUUAGAGUCUAUCAAAUGAAGAGAUUAAUGCAAACCAAUAGACAAACCGAUUCUGUAAUACAUGAAGAGAAUUACGCCGACGUUUUGUACGACAAUAAUUAUAAGGAUAACGAGUACUCAAAUCCGGCAGAGAAUUACUAUUCAAGAGCUGAUUAUAUGCCCCAUUUGGGUGAUGCUAACGAUCCGGAUCCUCAUUAUCUAAUGCUAACCGAUAAAUACGCUCAACAAAACCUGUCCAACGCUUCAAUCAAUUCUUCAAAGUUAUAA